AUGAACCCCUGGUCCUCUGUGUUAGGAGAAAUCUCUGAAUCACAUGGCAAUAAAGAUCAGCAUAAGAACCAGAAGAGACAUUUGAGUUGUUCCUCAGUCCUCACUGAACAUAUAAGAAUUCACAGUGGAGAGAGGCCUUAUGAAUGUAAGGAAUGUGGGAAAGCCUUUAGUUAUUCAUCAGCCCUCAGUAGACAUAUUAGAAUUCACAAUGGAGACAAGCCUUAUGAAUGUAAGGAAUGUGGGAAACCCUUUAGCUUUCGUUGUUCCUCAGCCCUCACUGAACAUACAAGAAUUCACAGUGGAGAGAGGCCUUAUGAAUGUAAGGAAUGUGGGAAAACCUUUAUUCAUGCAUCAUCCCUUACUACACAUGUAAGAGCUCACAGUGGAGAGAGGCCUAAUGAAUGUAAAGAAUGUGGGAAAGCCUUUAGUUGUUCGUCAGCCCUCAUUACACACAUAAGAACUCACAGUGGAGAGAAGCCUUAUGAAUGUAAGGUAUGUGGGAAAGCCUUUAGUUGUUCCUCAGCUCUCAAUAAACAUGUUAGAACUCACAGUGGAGAGAAACCUUAUGAAUGUAAGGAAUGUGGGAAAGCCUUUAGUUAUUCCUCAGCCCUCAUUACACACAUAAGAACUCACAGUGGAGAGAGGCCUUAUGAAUGUAAGGAAUGUGGGAAAGCCUUUAGUUGUUCCUCAGCCCUCAUUAUACACAUAAGAACUCACAGUGGAGAGAGGCCUUAUGAGUGUAAGGUAUGUGGGAAAGGCUUUCGCUGUUCCUCAGCCCUCACUGAACAUACAAGAAUUCACAGUGGAGAGAGGCCUUAUGAAUGUAAGGAAUGUGGGAAAGCCUUUAGUUGUUCCUCAGCCCUCAGUCGGCAUGUUAGAACUCACAGUGGAGAGAAGCCUUGUGAAUGUAAGGUAUGUGGGAAAGGCUUUAGUUGUUCCUCAGCCCUCAAUAAACAUGUUAGAGCUCACAGUGGAGAGAAGCCUUAUGAAUGUAAGGAAUGUGGGAAAGCCUUUAGUUAUUCCUCAGCCCUCACUACACAUGUAAGAAUUCACAGUGGAGAGAGGCCUUAUGAAUGUAAGGAAUGUGGGAAAGCCUUUAUUUGUUCCUCAGCCCUCACUACACAUGUAAGAACUCACAGUGGAGAGAGGCCUUAUGAAUGUAAGGAAUGUGGGAAAGCAUUUAGUCAAGCCUCGUCCCUCACUAGACAUAAAAGAACUCACAAUGGAGAGAAGCCUUACAAAUGUAAAGAAUGUAGGAAGACCUUUAGUUAUUCCUCAGCCCUCACUAGACAUAUAAGAACUCACAGUGGAGAGAGGCCUUACACGUGUAAAGAAUGUGGGAAAGUCUUUAUGCCUCAUCCCUCAAUCAGCAUACAAGAAUUCACAAUGAAGAGUGGCUUUCUGAAUAAGUAA